UUGCUGUUUAUUUUAUUUUUGGUCUUUGUUUUGAACUGGGAAAAUGUCUGAGCAGGGGACAGAGCAGCAGCCACAGGUGGAGGUGGUGAUGAAGGUAGAAGGCGAACAGCCUUCAGCCUCCACUCCCCCUUCUCCACCUCUGACUGCUACUCAGCGGUUGAAGAAGGAGCUGGAAGAACAGCUGCGUCAGCAACAGGCCAGACUCGCAGAAGUGGAACAGCAGGAGGCUGUUGAACUAGAGGCUGCAACAGAUCAUUCCAGAAGAGAAUCUUUGUUGCAGCAGCUAGAAAGGUCGCUCGCUGAUGAUCGUUGCUCCCAGAUCACCAAGCAUAUGGCAGAGAUGAUCUUGCUGGAGCACAAGAUUACCAGCUCCCAGUUCACGAACUGGGAUGAUCGUUUUGUGCGGCUGGAGCGUCGGGUUGACGAGCUGUCAGCUCAACAGACCAAGAUCCUGAAGUCUAUUCAGGGCUUGACUGCUCAUCUGGAAGCCGCCAAGCUGAUCACUCCUCAGCCCCCUCUGCUGCAGCCCAAACCUUCUCCUCAUUCUUCACCCCCUUCCUCUCCACAUACAUCACAAGCUGGCUCUGUACAUUCUUCCCGGUCAUCCACCCCUUCCCAAAAGGCCUCAGCAAAGGCCACCUAUGCUGCUGUUACUGCAGGAGACCAAAGAGGUCCCAAAAUCCCUGCUCCCAACAAGUUUAGGGGUGAUGACCCCAAGACCGAUGUUGGGGACUGGGCUGCUGCGACCCGAGCCUACUUGAGGGGCUUCACCUGUGCAGAACAGACCAAGGUGGCGAUUGUUCUGGGACUGCUGGAGGGACCCGCAUUGAAGUGGGCCACCUCAACUUCCAGCAGUCUGCAGCAGUCGAUGGAGGACUGGGCUUUUGGGCUGGGGGUGGACAGACUUCUGCACGCCCUGGAGGACCGGUUUGCAGACAAGGAACGGGCCCGCAAGGCUGCUGAUAGGAUUGCUCGCCUGGGACAGCAGCGGUACAGCGGGACCUUGCAGGCCUUGUUUGCUGAGUUUGAGCAACUCACCUCCACCCCUGGGUUGGUCAUGAGCCCUGAUGAUUUGCUGACCAACUUCUGCAGGGCAGCGCCUGAGAAGUUUGUUGUUGCUCUUUAUAGCGCUGGGCACAAGGACUGGAGGUCCUUUGGCCGUGCAGCCCUGGAAAUGGAGGCCAAGCUCCAUGUUCAGGCCCCAUCCACUGAUUGGAGGAGAGGUGCCUUCCCUCGAGGUGGUAGAAAGGGAAAGGCAGCCUUCACGCAUGCAGGGUCUGCCUCAGGAUCAGACUCAGACUCCCAGACUGAUACACCUUCAACUGGGACUGGAUCUGCUGCUGAGACAGAUGUUGCAGCAGCCGUGACUCAGGCUAUUUUGGGAGUUCUGCAGCUGCAGAAAAAGUUUUCUCCCACCACAGCCUCAGCCAGUGACAGUGUGAGUUUGGGGACUGCGCGGGCAGCAUCCUUCUGCUAUGAGGAUCCUGACCCGGAUCAGGACCCGGGGCAGGAUGAGCUCCAGUCUAUUGCUGCCUUCUUCCUUCAUCUGAAGGAACUGAAGAAGAGCAAGACUGAUCUCAUCAUGCUCCGGCCACUGAUGAACAGCACCAGGAUCACUGGGCUGUUGGAGUGUGGGGCCACCAGGAACUUCAUGUCUCCUAAUGCAGUUAAAAAGUUGCAUCUGGGCAUGAAAGUUCAGCAGCUGCAGCAACUGCUGCUGGUGCGGAUUGGUGACUCUACCGUACUCAGCAUUAGGGAGAAGGUCAAGGGUAUCCCUGUGACCUUCGAUACUGCAGGAAAAGUCAGACACAGUCUGAACUUUUACAUAUUCCUUGAGCUCCCCUUUGAUUUGGUGUUCUCCAUGCAGUGGUUGAGGGCAGUCAACCCUAGGAUCGACUGGCAGAUCCCUAGAGUGGUAGAUCAGUAUGCUGAUCUGAUGCAGGAGCCCUUUGGGUUACCCAACCGGCCAACCAAGCAUCACAUCGAGCUGCUGCCUGGAGCGGUCCCUCCCAUGGGCCGCAUCUACAGGAUGUCCCCUGCUAAGCUUGAGGAGCUCAGAAAGCAGCUUGAGACCCUGACCAGCAAAAGCUGGAUCACACCCAGCACAUCUGAAUUUGGUGCACCUGUUUUCUUUGUACCCAAAGGGAACGACAAGUUCAUAAUGUGCAUUGAUUACAGGGGUCUCAAUAAGAUCACUAGGAAGAGCACUGAGCCACUUCCUAGGAUCGAUGACCUCCUGGAUAUGGUGCCGGGCUGUACAGUGUUCAACAAAGUCGACCUCAAAUCUCGCUACCACAAGAUUGAGAUGGCAGAGGAGGAUGUCUACAAGACAGCCUUCAAGACCAGGUAUGGGACUUACGAGUUCCUGGUCAUGCCAUUUGGACUUUGCGAUGCCCCAGGCACCUUCCAGACAGAGAUGCACCGCAUCUUCAGGCCUUACCUGGACAAGUUUAUGGUUGUCUACCUAGAUGAUAUUCUGGCAUUCAGCAAAACUGCCAAGGAACAUGCGGAGCACUUGGCUCUAGUGCUUCAGUCGUUACGUGACAGCCAGUACAAGAUCAACAGAGAGAAGUCCUCUUUUAGAGUUCCCUCUGUAAUCUACCUGGGUCAUGUAAUCUCUGGAGAUGGCCUGGCUUCUGAAGCAGCCAAGAUUGCUGCUAUUCAGGAGUGGCCUCAGCCUCAGAUAGUGAGGGAUGUCAGGUCCUUCAUGGGUUUAGCCUCCUACUACAGAAAGUUUGUUAGGAACUUUUCUGCAGUGGCUGCACCCCUSACUAACCUAACAAAGAAUGACACUCCCUUUCUUUGGUCCCUCCACUGUCAGUUGGCCUUCACACGACUCAAGAAGGCCUUGACUCGUGCGCCUGUUCUGAAGUUACCUGACCCCACUUUGCCAUUCAUCCUGACCACUGACGCCAGUCAGUAUAGCAUUGGGGAAGUUCUUCAGCAGGAUGAUGGGAAUGGUCUACGGCCCGUAGAGCACUUCAAGAUCUUCUCAGAUCACUGCACCUUGCAGUGGAUGAAGUCCCAGGGAGAGUUGAACGAUAAGUUGGCACGGUACAUUCAGUUCAUCGACAUGUUCGACCUUGAACUGAAACAUAAGAAGGGCUGCUACAAUAAGGUAGCAGAUGCCCUCUCUCGUAGGCCUGACUCUUUUGCGCUGAUCUCCUCUACUCACUCCUUUGGAGAGGAGACCCGUCAGACCAUUGCUCGUCUACUGCCUCAGGACGAGACUUUCGGGCCCAUUGUCAGAAAUUUGCAAGCAGAUUCUAAUUCUGAACCAGGCUAUGCCCUGAGUUCAGACCUGCUGUACACCUGCAGCAGAGGUGAGGAGCGCUUGUGCAUUCCCCAGGACCAGCGGCUCAGGACACUGCUGAUGUCAGAGUGUCAUAAUGCCCGUGGAUAUUUCGGGUUCCUAAAGUCUUAUGCAGCCCUGUCGCAGCGCUUCUUCAAGAAGGAGAUGCGGAGUGAGAUGCUGCGUUAUGUGGACACCUGUGAGCUCUGCCAAAGGAACAAGGUUCAACGUAAACCUCCUUUGGGACUGCUCAAACCCUUACCCAUACCUGAUGGCCCUGCUGAAUCUGUGUCGAUAAACUUCACAGAUAUAGGCAAGACCACCCCUCGUGGCAUGCGUCAAGUUUUGGUCUGCGUGGACAGGUUCUCCAAAUACGCAGAGUUCAUCCCCUUGCCAGAGGUAGUCAGGGUACCGGCUGUGAGAGCAGCCUUCUUUGAGAGGUGGGUCACACACCAUGGACCGCCCACUUCUAUAGUCAGUGACCGGGACCCCAGAUUUUGCAGCGAUGAGUGGCAGUCCUACUGUAAGGACUAUUUGCACUCACGACUGGAUAUGACUUCUGGUCACCAUCCUGAAGCCACUGGAUUGGCUGAAGUGAUGAACCAGGUCUUAUUCCAGCUGCUGCGUCCUGUCAUCUCUCCAGAUCAGCAGGACCGGGAUCUUCACUUGGCUAGGGCACAACUUAUGUAUAACAUGUCUGUCCACUCCUCGACUGGGUUCAGUCCAUACUGGUUGCACUGGGGACGUGAGCCACGACAGCCUCUCGAUGACAUCAUCGACAAGGCUAAGCCUGAUCUGACACCAGGCACAACAGAGUUCGCCAGACGUUAUCGUUUAGAUGUGGAAAGAGCCCGCGCGAACUUGUUCAAAGCCCAAAAGGCUAUCAUUGAACAAGCCAAUCGCCACAGGCGGCCUUCCCCCAUCCGCACUGGUGAUCAUGUCUGGGUGGCCAGCUCUGAGCUGUCGAGGGAGGAGGAUAUCUCUCCCAAGUUGCUGCCACGCUACUUGGGUCCAUGGCAGGUCCUAGAUACAGUGGGCGCGGAUCCCUUCGGUCCGUCGUAUGUUAUCGAAGUCCCGCUGCAUCUACGUACCUACCCGGUCUUUCAUGCAACCAAGUUGCUGCCUUUCACUCCAGCUGAUGCAUUCCCAGACCGGCCUCCUCAGUUUGGUCCUCCAAUCCCUGGCAAGGGAUAUGACAUUGACCGGAUUGAGGAUGAGUGGGGCACAGACCCCGAUCGGCAGUAUCUUGUCAGGGUCAAUGGUAUCCUAAGACCCCAACGAAACCGCCUCUUGCCUNCUCAACAGGGACAGCCGCAGGGUCAAUGGUAUCCUAAGACCCCAACGAAACCGCCUCUUGCCUUCUCAGGCGAGAGAAAGGACGAAGAGCUCAACACUUGGUUGAGGACAGUCCCGGUUUGGGUGAAGGCCAAGAGGACCUUGCUGGAGGACGAAGUGGUUACCGUUGCAUCUUACCUCGAAGGUAAGGCAACCAAAUGGCUAGAUGGUGUAGUUGUAAAAGCCGGGUACGGGCAACGCAUGGCGGACUGGGCUAAGUCUUUAACAUUAGACCAGUUCAUGGAGAUGGUAGAAGCUCGAUGGCAUAAUCCACAUGAGGCACAAAGAGCCACUGAUGCGAUUAACAAGUUAGACCAACGAAAGUUCAAGUCGGUUAGAGAGCUUACGACUACCGUCGAGAGUCUGAUCCUUGUUCCAAGCAUCAACUACAGUGACCAGUUCCUGUUAACUACAUUUGUUAGAUGUCUUCCAGAGAACAUCAGGAACUUGCUGGCCAGUGAGGCACGCAUCGAGUACCAUUCGUUUGAGAUAUUGUCUAGGAAAGCCUUAGAUUUGGAGGCCACUCUAGGCAAUGCUCAACCCUCCCAGAAUGACACGAAGAAGAAGAAGAGUCCUCAGGAGUGGAAGAAGAAGGGGGCGAAGUUGAUGAUGGUUGAGUCCGAUGGGACUCAAACGGAAAUCGAUGAGCUCAUUGGCCUGAUGGACUACUCAGAGUACGACGCGAGGAGACUGCUGAGGGUAGCACCCUCGCCGCAUGUUGGCUCAGCAGGAUGGGAAAACGUUGAGACCGAUUCAGUACAUGAGCAAGAAGAUGCCAUCGAAGAAUUGGCAAAGUCCACCUACGAAAGGGAACUCUAUGCUCUAUACAAAGCACUUGUCCAUUGGAGGCACUUCCUAUUGGGAAGGUUCUUCUACUUGAGGACUGAUCAUCAGACCCUCAAAUGGAUCAAGACUCAACCAGCUCUUUCUGACGCACUCAAGCGAUGGAUUGAGGUCAUAGACCAAUAUGACUUCAAGCUUGAGUAUCUAAAGGGAGAGUAUAACAAGGUUGUUGAUGCGCUAUCACGUAGAGCAGACUACCUAGGUACGCUAGUUUCUGACUUUGGCGUAUCUGAAGAAGUAACUCAAUCAUUGGUGGGAGCCUAUCAGGAAAACCCUGUCACGAUGGACAUCAUGCGCAAACUUCAGGCAAAAGACAAGCCCACGGAAAGACAGAGUAUUUCCAUGGAUUUCAUGGACAACCUGGUGACUAGUAAGAGUGGCAAAAGGCACAUCUUCGUCAUCAUCGAUCGAUUCACCAAGUACGCUAGGCUAGUGGCUAUGCCAGAGACCGCAAGAACUGACUAUGUCAUCAAGUUGUUCAAAGACAACUUGGUGCGUGACUUUGGUUUACCAAAGUCAAUCGUUAGUGACCGAGAUGUCCGAUUCACAAGUGAGUUGUGGAAGAAGAUUGCAGAACAGAUGGGCAGUCAACUUCAGAUGACUUCAGGGAAUCAUCCCGAAGCCAACGGACAAGCCGAGCAAAUGAACAGAGUUGUACACCACUUGCUGAGGCAUUACAUCAAGCCCAGCCAGGAUGAUUGGGAUGAGCAGUUGCCUCUCAUCGCCAGCCUGUACAACAAUGUUGUCCACAGCAGUACCGGCGUUAGUCCUAAUCAACUUCACUUGGGAUGGAAGCCUAGAUCAGCAUUAGACUUCCUCCUACCUGAAAACCGACCCGCGGCAACUCCAGGCACACUUGAGUAUGGUGUGCAGUAUGAGAAGUUGCUGCAAGAAGUAAUCGAGCACAUGAAGAAAGCUCAGCAAGCAAUGAUUGCUUCUGAGAAUCAACACCGUAGACAGUCCACAUUUCAGGCAGGGGAACGUGUCUGGGUCAAGGCUAGUGAGUUAGGACAGGAAUUCGGAAUCUCUCGCAAGCUAAUGCCUCAGUACUUUGGUCCCUGGGAAGUCUUGGAUAUAGUAGGAGAUGAGAUGGAUGGCCCCACAUAUGUCAUUCGUGUCCCUGGACACCUACGCACUCACCCAAUCUUUCAUGCCUCAAAGCUUGCACCUUUCGCUGAGACAGAUCAAUUCCCUUCCAGGAGAUCGAUGUUGCCCCCAACCAUGGAUGGUCAAGUGGACAUCGACGACAUUGUGGAUCACAGGGAUAUGCCUGUUCCGAAGCCGCUGGGUCGAGGAAGACCUCCUAAGCCCAACAGAGAGUAUCGCGUAAGAUUCAGGCAUCAUACGGAUCCAAAAGAAGAUCGGUGGUUUACCAGAGAGGAACUGAUUGAGACAGCUCCUCAGGUGGUGGCAGAAUACGAGAGACUACUGAAAGAAAGGCACCUGCGAACAAGAUGGCUGAGCGGUCUGGUGCAGCUACAGGGAUAUGGUCAUGACUUCCGCGCUUGGGCAGCCAGCCAAAAGCUGGGUGACUUUCUCAAGUUAGUGGAAGAGAGGUGGCAUGAUCCUCAGGAGGCUCAAAAGGCCACUGACGCGAUCCUGACUCUGAGCGCUCGAUCGUUCAAGUCAGUUAGGGAGGCCACAAACGCAGUAGAGCGUCUGAUCUGUGUCCCUGGGGUUUGCUACGACCCCCAAGUCUUACUGACAACUUACCUGAGGUGUCUGCCGAUGCCAAUCAGGAAUCAGUUGGCAGUUGAGGCUAACAUCAACAUGCACAACUUUCCCUCGUUUAGCAAGAAGGCCCUAGAUCUUGAAGCUAAGAUAGGGCAUGGACAUAACCCAACGACGGACGGGAGAAAGAAGACCCUGCCUCCUAACAGGAAAGCCAAGGGUCACAUUAUGUUCGUUGACAACCAUGGUUCAACCAUCGAGUUAGACGACGACCCCCAGUCAGGAGUAGGUGCAGAGGCAAGUGGCGAGACUUCAAAGGGUGGAGUAGUCGCCGCUGUAACUCAACAAAAAGUCACCACGGAUGCCAACCAAUAUGGCAUUGGCGCUGUGCUUGCACAACAGGAGGGGCCAAAGUUGAGGCCAGUCGAGUACAUGUCGAAAAAAAUGCCAUCUCAGAAGUUGGCAAAGUCCACCUAUGAGAAGGAACUCUACGCCGUGUACAAGGCUCUGACCCAUUGGACGCAUUAUCUCCUUGGGAGCGGCAUGGAGCAGCAGUCAGGCGAGACUACCAAGACCUAUAAGACCCGCAUGCUGGACAUGGUAGCAGAGUUCAAGCAACGGGCAACGACAACAUCCGCACGUAAGAAGGAAGAUGAGGAAGCAGAGGAACAGCGUCGCCUCGCUGAACAGCAGCGACAAGAUGACGCUGACACAGCAAGGAAGGCUGCAGACGAACGUCGUCGACUACGCCGAGACAAACUCCUCGCCGGCGAAUGGGCAGUGGCUGCUGAACAGGAGGGUGCCCCCUCUGCUGUGUGUGGCCUUGCCACCACAAUCGAACAUGUGAGCGACUUGGUCGCCACCUGUGCAGCACAACAAGGGGACAUCCUCUGCGUGGACACCCUGGUCCGGAAGCGGAUUCGAAUUAUUGAUGAACUGCUUGACCGGACUCACAAGGACGGCGCUCUAGCGACAAAUCAGCGGAUUGACCAGCAGAUUUGUGCUGCCACCGCCAGUCCGACCGCGACUACUUGCGAGAGCAUCCCAAAGUUUGACGGGCUGCCGAUCUUCUGCGAUGCAAUGAAGACAGACCCGAUCCCAUGGUGGCGGCAGUUCGAGUUGAAGUUGGACAUUCACCACGUCAUCACCCCGUACCGGCACGUCAUCAACCCGUACCGGCACACAUACAUAUACUCCAGCUCAGGGGGCACGUGCCAGACGUGGCUGGACAACAUGUUGUCCACGCAUAACGUCACAGUCUUCGAGCUGCAUACGAAGAUCAGCUGGGCUGAUCUCAAGGCAGCAUGGCAUAAGCGGUUCCAAGUGGAGCCGCCCGAGCUUCAGGCAGCCGAGAAGCUUCAACGGUUCUAUCAGAACGACCUGCCAAGCACGGACUGGAUCACCGAGUACCAAUGCUUGGCAUCCACGCCCAACUUGUCAUCUACAUUUGUCGCGAUCAAGCACUUCUUCAUCAGAGGAGCUGCCAGACAUCAAGGACAAGAUGUGUGUGCGGUUUUUUCUCUGUCCGACAACAGCAACAAUGGAUCGUCUUCAAGUGGUUCUUCAAGGGAUUCGAUGCACGAGUUCAACAUAGAGGUCUUGGACCCGUUGACGUCCGAGGAUUUUGCAUGGCUUCCUCUCCCUUCCACAGACUGCUUGUCGGGACCACAAUGCGCAGCACUAUGCGUCCAUCUCCACACAUACUUAGCCUUCUAUGCACCAGGAUCUUCUCCGAUGGAUGACGAAGCUGCUGUGGGGGACAUCCUUGCGUAUGUUGCCAAGGUGGCCCGUGAGUUUUGCAUGCAGCGGUACGAUGAUAACAAUGCACCGCUCCUUUAUGUCUGCAUCCAAGUUGGGCAAGCGUCCUGCAGGGCUUUGGUGGAUAGCGGUGCGACUCGCAAUUUCAUCAGCCAGUCCUUUAUCCAAAGGGCCGGCCUUGGCGCUCAAGUUCGAAGGAAGCCAAACCCGACGGCGAUCAAGUUGGCGGACGGUCGGACGCAACAACUCCUCGAUCGCUACAUUGAAGUUGUACCGGUUUAUUUCGCACCUCGUGCAUGCGAACCGGUGACGUUUGACGUCUUAGACACAAACUUCGACAUUAUUUUGGGGAUGCCUUGGCUUGCAAGUGCGGAUCAUAUGAUUAACUUCCAUCAGCGGGCACUUGCCGUUCGCGACGCCUUCGGCGCCGAGGUGUCGUGUACUAUUCCUCUUCCGCACUCCUCAAUCCGUUGCCAAGUUGUAACGGCCAAGUCUUUUCGGGCCACUUGCGCUUAUGAGUGGACCGACGCGAUAGGCCUAUGUUUUCUACGAGCCGUCGCGACCACCGAAUCUUCACCUACAAACUUGUCUUCGGACCCUCGAGUGGUGCGGCUGCUGGACGAGUUCACCGAUAUCUUCAAGUCUCCUACCGAUGUGGUGCCGGAUCGACUGAUCUCCCACGAGAUCAUUCUUGAGGUCGGUGUCGUUCCGCCGAAAGGAUGCAUCUAUCGUAUGAGCCAGGAAGAGCUCGCGGUUCUCCACGCUCAACUCGACGAUUUUUUGGACAAGGGUUGGAUCCACCCUAGUAGCUCACCAUCCGGUGCGCCAGUUCUCUUCGUACGGAAGAAGAACAAGGAUCUCGCUUGUGCAUCGACUACUGCAAGCUCAACGGACCAACCGUCAAGAAUGAGGGACCUAUUCCGCGGAUUGACGACCUUCUUGAGCGUUUGGGCGGCCCAAAAUUCUUCUCAAAGUUGGACUUGAAGUCGGGCUACCAUCAAAUCUCGAUACGCCCGCAAGAGUGCU